AUUAAAUUGCGCGAAGGGAGCUGCAGCUGAAUUGCUGAUGUAAGGGGUUCAGUGCAGCAUUUCAUGUCGCAGGGUGGAAGGAAGCUUUGCAAUCUGCCCGGCGUUUAUUGCUAUCUCACACAUGCAAGUCCGACAAAAAAACAUGCUGUCAAUAGUUAAAAACUGCGUAUUAUUUUCAGUUGUGUGCUUGUACAUAGCUACGCCGAUUUCUUUAAAAAGGGUUUCCAGAUGUCCUUCAGCAUGCAGCUGUUCCAAGGAGUCCAUCAUUUGUUUUGGAUCUUCCUAUGUCCCAAGGAUCAUCCCGAACGACAUUAAUUCACUGAGCAUUGUCAACGGGUCCUUCUCCGAGAUCAAGGAGACCAUGUUUGCUCACAUGCCAUCUCUCCAACUUCUACUUCUUAAUUCAAAUUCAGUGAUGACAAUAAGGGACGAUGCAUUUUCUGGCCUUCCACACCUGGAGUACCUGUUCAUUGAGAGUAAUAAGAUAGAGACGGUCUCCAAAUAUUCCUUCAGAGGACUCAGGGACCUGACUCACCUGUCUUUGGCAAACAAUAAGUUAAAAGCGUUACCCAGGGAUUCCUUCAUCGACCUGGACUCAUUGAUAGAGCUUGACCUGCGAGGAAAUGCCUUUGAGUGUGACUGCCGUGCGAAGUGGCUGAUGAUGUGGCUGAAGAGCACCAAUGCCACGGUUUCCGAUGUAAUUUGUGCCGGACCCAAGGACAUGAAGGACAAGCGACUGAACGACAUGGCCAGCCUGCACAAUGAAUGCAUCUCAACUGAUUUUAUCCACCAUCAGUCGGUGCCAUCAGAGUCUCUGUCUGUGGACACAUUCUCUUAUAAAAAUGACGUCUAUGUGGCCAUCGCUGCACCCAACACAGAGAGUUGUAUGGUUUUACAGUGGGACCAUAUUGAGAUGAACUUCAGGACUUAUGACAAUAUCACAGGCCAGUCAAUUGUUGGGUGCAAAUCGGUCAUCAUCCAGAACCAGGUCUUUGUCAUAGUGGCCCAGCUCUUUGGUGGUUCUCACAUAUACAAGUUUGAUGAAGACCAGAGCAGGUUCAGCAAGUUUCAGGAUAUUGAGGUAUCUAAGAUCUCCAAGCCCAACGACAUUGAAGCCUUCCAGAUUGCUGGCGAGUGGUUCUUUGUGAUUGCCGAUAGCUCAAAGGCGGGGCUCUCCACUCUCUACAAGUGGAACGACAAGGGCUUCUACUCCUAUCAGUCCCUGCAUGAGUGGUUCCGUGACACUGAUGCUGAGUUUGUGGAUCUGGAUGGCAAGUCCCACCUCAUCUUGGCCAGCCGCUCCCAGGUGCCUGUAAUCUACCAGUGGAGCAGGAAUGCCCAGACGUUUGCCCUGCAGGGAGAGAUCCCCAACAUGGAGGAUGUGGUGGCCGUCAAGACCUUCCGAGUCAAGGAGGACCUCUACCUGGCCAUGACGCGCUAUAUAGGUGACUCUAAGGUACUCCGCUGGAGUGGCAAACAGUUUAUAGAGAUCCAAUCCCUGCCCUCACGAGGUGCUAUGAUUCUCCAGCCAUUCUCCUUCAAAGAGCGCCACUAUCUGGCCCUGGGCAGCGACUUUACCUUCUCACAGAUCUACCUGUGGGACGCUGAUAAGAAACUCUUUGAGCGCUUCAAAGAGGUGUACAUCAUGGCACCACGUUCCUUUACCGUGGUAUCCACCGACCGCCGGGACUUCAUUUUCUCCUCCAGCUUCAAGGGCAAUACACAGAUCUUCGAGCAUAUCAUCAUCGACUUGAGCUUAUGAGAUUUCCAGGGCUUCAGCCCCUGCAUCUUAUGUCUUCCAUUAUAAACGUUGACAUUUUUGUGGGGGAAAGGAAGGAGAAGGGUCCAAGAGAGGGAGAGGUAACUCAAGCAGCAUUAUCAAAUAUUUUUUCCUAUUAAGCACCUCUUGUGUUUGUAUACCAUUUUUAAGUCGGUCAUGUCCCUACUGUUCUAUGGACUUUUACGCACAAGUAAUCUCGGUUAACCCAGAACUAAAAUCUCAAGUCAUCUGGUCACCUCUGUGAUUAAGUUGUGGAUCUAUAUGUGGUAGUUACGGUUUGCAAAGUCUUGCAAAAGGAAACUCUCAGCCAAGUCUUUUCCUUUUCCACAAUGUACAUUGCCUUAUCAGCACAGGCGUUUUAGUGUUUUGUUUGUCCUGCUGCCUCGCCGCCUAGCUAUGAAUAGUGAUCACUCCCAACUGCUUUGUAGAUACAGGGAAAAGUCGCAGCAGCACAAACCUUUAAUAACAAUAUUAUGUGACACAGAACCAUUGUGAUCCCGAACCCAGAACUCUUAAACAAUCAUUAGCAGUGCACAUUUAUGUUUGUAUUUUGUUUAUAUCGUCUAUAUAAGCAGUUUCACAAAUAUUUGGGGAUUUACAAAAGUUUUCAUUGCUCAUAUUUGUUCUCUAUUCCACAAAUGUACAAUUACUCAAGACCCUAAACAAGUCCUUGCUGCAGAGUACAACUAGAUAUGUGUGUAUUGAUUGACUAAGGGCUAUAUUCAAUCAGAUCUGCUUUAGCCAACAACCAUAUAGCUUAUUUUUGGGGCUGUGUCAGAGGUGGAACUGCGUUAGAUCUGUCAAAUCCACAAGCAGCACAUGGCAUUAUACCUAAAGCAGACAUCGCCAUUGGCUGCAUGGAGUCACAUUACGAGAAAUCCCAUGCAGCCUUGUUGACAAGUUCAAACACUGGAAUGUGAGAUGUAAUCUAGAGCUCAAUUAGGCUGAUAGACAUUUUUUUUCGUUUGAAUGAUUUUAAAUUUGAGCAUCAUUAUUUCUACAGUGUAUAUAUAUAUAGCCUACACUUUCUCAUUCUGAACUUCUAACGCAAGUAGGAUGGUUGUGGCUUCGUAACAAUGAUCUGCUCAUCUGCUCACCGAUUUGACAGCUACAACGCAGUUACACCUCCGACACCUACAAAACAUCAGUAAUGCGGGUUUUGGCUGUUGCCAGUUAACUCUUGAUCUGAUUGAGUCUAUGCCUGAGGCCUCAUCAUAGAUAUUGACUAUGCUAGUUUGAUUAUUAAAAACAUUGACCAAAUAAGUCAACAUUAAUGCUCUACAGAUGUAUUCUUUUGAAGAAUAAUGAUACAUAUUAACAUAUUAACACAUACUUUCUGACAGAAAGUAUGAUCGCAUUCUCCCUCCAUAUUGCACAGCUUGUGCUUUGCUGGCCAGUCUCAUGUACUAACUCAUUGUUAUCAACUCUGUGAAAUUGUCUUAAGUGGAUCAAGCUCUGC